AUGUCCUUUGCCGACGCGGAACCCGCGCGCGAGACUACCGCAAAGAGCAAGAGCGAGGCUGCAGCAAAGACCAAAGCAGAGACAGUAGAGCCCGCGAGCGAGGUUGUAGCAAAGACGGCUGAGCAGCGUGCUCAGCGAAAGCUAGAGAAGCGUCAACGCAAGGAAGAGAGGAGGUUGAAGAAGGAGCGCAAGGCACAAGCUAAGCAGCAGAAGCAGCAGCUUGUUGAAGAAGCGAGUGACGUGCCAUUUCAGCAACCUGACACCACACCAUCCGUGACUCAAGCAGAAACUGCGCCGCAAGCUCACCAAUCUGAAGCUACUCCCGUGGCUACUCCAGUAAAGAAAGGACGCUUCGGUCUGCGCGGUCCGUAUAAGAAACGCGAGAAGGCAGCUGCCGACGGCACGCCGGUAUCUGCAGUCAAACGCAAGAGGGAGAGCGAAGUGCAGACUAGCAGUAGCAAGGACGCAGACGGCGGCACAUCGUUGCUUGACCCGAAUUUCCUGUCAUCGCUAAAGGAAAAGAUGGGAGAUAUGGGUUCUGCAUUUCAAGAAGCGGAAAAGGAAGGGGAAGAGCCUGCAAAGAAGAAGAAGAGGGGGCGACCCGUGGGGUGGCGCAAGAAUGCUGCUGAUGCGGAGUCUGUCAAGACUGAGACUCCGAAAAGUGGUGGUAAGAGUGCUGCUGCUGCCCCGACACCGGCGUCUACUACGAAGAUGGCUGGCUCAACUCUCGACAUGUUGUUGAAAGUGACCAAGACGCCCGUACCAGUUCCGGUUCCAUCGGGUGCGUCGAGUGUGUCUGCUUGCGCAAAGUCACCGGUUCCGGUGCUGCGGAAACCCAGUCUCAGCACCAGUGACAGUAUGAGUGAGCUACAGACAAGCAAGACGGCAAAAGUUGAUCAAGCUGACGUUCUCGUCGCCGAGACACCUCCCUCACGCAUGGGCAAAACGCCAGUCACAACACCUCGUCAGCCCGCCAUUCCAUUUCCUCAUCUCAGGCGCUUAUUCUCCGCCAGCGAAUCACCCAUGCAUGUCAUCAGCAGCCAGGGCUCAAUCAACCCCCUAACCAGCAGUCAAGCCUCCAUGGACUUCGUUCCAAACACCCACCCUCCGGCCUUCUCCGCAUCUACCCUUGCCUACUACAAACAACAGCUAAACGAAAACCCCAAAGCGCGACCCCGCCGCCAUCAACGCGCCAUCUCCGAAGCCCUUAGUUCAAGCAGUGACUCAACCUCGACCACACAGAGCGUGCUCAACAUGCUAACUCGGGUCCCAAAACCCUACGGGUCCAAAUUGGACAACCCCUUCUCCUCGUCCAAAAAGAAGAAGAAUAAGUACAACAAGGGCGACGAGCAGCACGAAGAAGCCGACAGCGAGACCUUUACCAAAGCCUUCAAAGUCAUCCAGCGAACCGUGAAUUUCAGCGAUGAACAAGAGUACCUAGCCUUGUACCAAAAGAUCGUCGAGCAAAGCAAAAAGGCCUCACUUCCAUGCUUGAAAAGCGCAACGGGCUGUUCCUUCCGCAUCCACGAUCCCGCCUGUUCCUUUUUUUCGCCUACCAGUGCACUCGAGCAGCCAAGCGUAGACAUGCUGGAUUCGACUCAGCGCGCAGAAGCUGCAGAGACGUUUCUCCGCCACGCACUCAUGGCGCGGGUGCCUGUUCCGCUGGGCCGCAUUACAGGCGUUUGGCGCCUGUACUGCAAAGAAUAUACGGGACAGCAUGUAGACAAGUACAGUUCGGGUAUGCGUACGCUGACGAUUACGUCGCCGUCGUCGUAUCAGGGGACGCCAGUGUACACGGCGCGUUUGCACAUUCCGCCGCGGUCCAUGGCAUUUGCCAUUGCGCCGUUUGCGGCACCGCCGCAUGCCGGGUUCCGCGCUACGAGGAUGAAGCUCGUGCAGGAGGGGUAUACGAUGGACAUGGUAUUUUUCGGAAAUGGGUAUGCGAGGGUUAGAGCGGAGGUGGGGUUGUUGCUCUCUGGGAAGCAUGGCGCGGGUGGGCAGGUGGAGAGUGCGGGUAAGAAUAAGGGAUAUGGUAUUUGGCACUUUCUUGCUGUGCAUGAAAGGCCGCUUUACUGGGAGCCUCAAGUCGAUGAGUUGGAAGUUGAGGGGAGGAAGCUGUUUGCUGCGUAUGAUGGUACCGAGUAA